AGCGACUGAUGACGGACACCUAUGAAUAAACAAAUCCGUGUGGAUAAACAUCAACUUGAGUGCUUGUCUAUGAAAGAGAGAGAAACAAAGAAAGAGCGCCGCUUUGCUUCCAGUUCCUCUCUCCCUUGUGCUCCAGCAGUUAACUUCCAGAAGAUAUCUCAUAAGGUAAAAUGCUAGGUGGAAUUCAAAAAGUGCUGUCCCACGGGAGCUUCCUUAAGAAUGCACUUCUGCAGCACAUCCGUUUGGUGAAUCCAGUAAUGCAGCCUCUUUUGUUUCCGCGCUAUGAGUCUGUUGCUUCUGCUCGCAUGGAAGAGCAUGGUUUUGAAAGCACCACCAUUGCCGAUAUCUUAAAAGCCAAAGGGAAAAAUGCAGAUGGCUCUUGGCUCUGGUGUGCUACAGAGGAUACUGUGUAUGAUGCUGUCAAAUCGAUGACACAACACAAUGUUGGAGCCUUGGUUGUCAUCAAUCCUGGGGAGAAAAGUUCAAUUGCUGGUAUUAUCACAGAGAGAGAUUAUCUCAGGAAGAUCAUAGUGCAGGGAAGAUCAUCCAAGUCGACCAAAGUUGGGGACAUCAUGACUGAAGAGAAUAAGCUCAUCACUGUCACGCCCAAGACCAAAGUUCUGAAAGCAAUGCAACUGAUGACAGAUAAUCGCAUCAGGCACAUUCCAGUGAUCGAUGACACACGAAUGAUAGGUAUGGUGUCAAUUGGAGAUGUGGUUCGAGCAGUGGUAAGUGAACACCGGGAAGAGUUGGACCGCCUGAAUGCGUACAUACAUGGCGGUUACUAGAUGAUGGCGUAAACGAUGAAGUUGUUGUCGAGCUCUCAGAUGGUAUUUCCUACUGUACUCAGAAACUAAUAGGUUGAAUCGAAUGUUGUAAAUGUUGUGUGUUGUGGUUGUGUUGCCAUCCACCAUGCUCCUUGUUUUGCUGCUGUAGUAGGAUAAUGGUAGAAUUAGCAUAUGGACCCAACAGUUGGUAAUAAUCAGUAUGAAGCUGACUGAAAGUCUGGAACUGCUUUCUUAAUGUUUGGUAAUGGCUAGCUUCCCGUUAACUAA